UGUCUUUUCAUUAUCAAUAAAACAUGCGCGAGGCGGAGGAAGGCGGAAGUUUCUUGCUCCUUGAUAGACCUGUUGUCCACUCUCACUUCGUCGAGGAAAUAUCGCCUUAUCUAUGUCUUCGGAUCCAGAUAAAACAACUAUCUCAGUCUCACCCAUUCAAGAUAUAAUCGAUCGCAUAUCCAAGUUGUGCAAACUUACCGAAGAAUAUGCAAAGAAAGCGGAUCCAUCUCAGCAAACCACCGUCGACACCAACGCUGCGGCAAAAAACCAGACUGAAACCCCGCCAGAUAGCUCUACCGGCGGCGAAGGGGACGGUGGUCAGGGGACCAAAAAAACGAGAGCGACAAGGGGAAAGAUGCGAAAAGCGAUGGGGGAUACAAGAAGACGGACGCGCUACACGAGCUGGGAAAACUGUUGAAAGAACUCGAUUAUAUGUAUCGGUCGUUCCAGAAACUGGAGAAGUUCGAGAAGGAUCUAAGCGAUCCACUCAAAACUCUUGAAGCCAAUGUCAACGACAUCGUGACUGAUCUGAAGAAAGAGGAGUUACCCAAACAGGUUCAGCACAAUCUACGUGUGCUGAGAAACAACAUCACCAGAGUCAAGAUCCUGAUCCCGUCGCCACAUCAGGCGGCCGGAUUAAAUUCUGAAGGUAACCGGGGUUUGCAGACGACCGUUGCCACCGGAGAUACAGGGGACCUGCCUCACUUAUACGGUGAAAAGCUUUUUGAAGAAAGCUAUUAUUUCCAGGAAAUUAAGGAAAAAUAUGGAAGCCUUGAAGAUAAGAGGCUUAAACUCUGCUUGUUGUGUUUCGCAAUUUUCCCUGAAAAUUCCGAGAUAAAGAAGAGGUUUCUGAGAUUUUGGUGGGUUGGGGAAAAUUUAAUCCCACCCCAAGGAGAAAUGGAUGAGAAGGACAUUGUAAAUGAAACUCUCAAGAUUUACGUGGAGAAGGGACUUAUCCAGCCGGUUUUGAAGAAGAACAGAUUAGAGCCCAGAAGCUACAAGAUGGACCCGAUUGUUCGUUCGUGCUUGAUCAGUUUCGCCAAGAAGGCUGUCUUCUUCGACUAUGACCAAGAGGGAAAACCCACCAUGGAUUUUUCAGCCUGCAACAAGGCAUGUAUGGUGAGGUCUGAAGGAGCCGCUGCUCCCUGGUUCUCUACAUAUCUUAAAGGAAGUGACAAGGAUGAAGAUGAUAAAGAAUCAAACAACUCUAAAGAGAAGCAGGGGCAAGGAAAGGAAGGAGAGCAGCAGGAGGAGCAAGAAAAGCAGCUACCUGUAGAUCUGGUGAAGCUGCAGAUGUUUUUCAAUUUUCCUGACAGGGGAACAUUGAUGAAGGCUAGUCGGCAAUUUGACAAAUUGCAGACAUUGUUCAAUUUGAGUAAGCAGUUUCCAAGUUUACCCAAGGAGUGGUUUUCCAAGAUGACGACCCUCAAAGUUCUUUACAUGGGCAAAUGGGAAACCACGGCGGGGCGGCCUCGGCAUAUCGAAGUCGAAGACAUCGACUUCUUAAAAGCGUUGAAGAAGAUGAAGAAUCUCAGGCUUCUUAGUCUUCAAGGUGUUUCAGGUAUCCCAAAGAUUCCCGGCGCUGUUGGGCAGCUUGAAAACUUGAAGAUCUUAGAUCUUAGAGCAUGUCACAACCUGGAGAGAUUACCAGACAAGAUAGGCCUACUCAAGGAACUGAUUUACUUGGAUUUAUCUGAGUGCUAUCUGCUUGAUUACGUGCCCAGAAAGCUGAGUGAACUUAAGAAUCUUGAAGUGCUUAAAAGGUUUUGUGAUUGUGGAUACCAAAAAUUCAUGCACUCUAGUCGACUUGUCAAAGUUAGAGAAACUGAGAAAACUAAGCAUCAAUGUCAACACCACGAGCUUCAAUAUUAAUGCUGAAAAGGAGUCUCUGGUUAAGUUUAAGGAACUAAAAAAACUAAGGAUAGCGUGGGGAUCAAGGGGAAUGCCGAUAAGUAGCAACGAACAGCCGCCACCCAAGGCCAAGAAGCAGCAGAAGACAAGUAUUUCAGCAACAGACCAAGACAACCGGAGGCGGCCGAGAGAUGUUUUCCGAAAUGCAGUCAACAAGGUUCGGGAGGAGAAUGCCAAGCAAAAUGGUGUUUUAAAGUUUGCAGUCGCCAAGUUUAUGGAGGCUGCUGCUUUGCGGCGAGCGGGAAAUCAACAACAGGAUCUUAAAGGUCUUGAGAAUCUGGUGAACUUGGACCUCCAAUGCUUCCCUUACUCGAAGCCACCGGAAUGGCUGCUACCGUCGAAAAUGGUGAACCUGACGAACCUGUCGAUUAGAGGCGGGAAACUGAGUUACCUGG